AAAACCGCUACAGCGAAAUAAUGGCAGAAAGAGUUUCAGAACUUUUGGAUUCUCUUCCUUCGUCUGUAGACGUCAUUGGAUCUUUACAUGAAAUAAAAACAAUUCUUAAUUCUUUACAUCCUUCUACUCUAAAGGAAAUUGUGCCGAAUGUAUCAUUUAACACCGUAUUUGAUUGCAUAAACUCUUCUGAAAGUGAAGUGAUUGAGGCCAGUAGUGAUGUCUUACAACAACUACUCCAGGCUCUGGAACCUCUUGUUGUCCUCACACAGUUCCAAACUGAACUCAUUCUUGGAAUGAGCCACAGCAAUGUGAAAGUCAGGAAGCUUUGUCUAAAGCAGAUACUGUGUGUUGCUGAGAAUGAUGGAAGUGAUCUAGUACCAUGUGAAGAUGUAUUGAUCCAGGUUGUCAGGUGCUUGGGUGAUGAGACCUUAGAGGUGGCAUUGUUGGCAGCUAAAAUAUUAACUACAUUAGGUCAGAAUUCAGCUGGAGUUAAGGUAUUGUUCUCUGGAGUCAUAUUAGAAGAGCUGACAUCAGUGAUGGAAAAGAGUGACAUCAUCCGCUAUCGUGUCUUUGAAAUGGUUGUAAAUGUUGCAUCAAGUUCAAACAAGGCACUGACUUUUGCAUCCCAAGCUGGCUUCCUGAAUCAACUUGUAAAUGAGAUUCAGAAAGAUGACAUUCUGAUUCAGCUGAACUGUAUUGAAUUGUUGAAAGAUCUGGCUCUUCAUAGUCACGGCCUUGCUUACCUUGAACAGCAGGGGGUUGUCACAAAAUUGGAGAUUAUGAUGUCACAAUGUGAUGAAAAUCCUCUCAUGGGGUUCCUUUUGCCAGGUCUCAUCAAAUUCUUUGGCAAUGUUGCCAGGAUCCACCCAAAUGAGAUAUGUGAUCAAUUCAAAGCAUUCACUAAUACCUUAUUUGGACUUGUGACGUCACCUGAUCAAUCUCUGAAAGGAAUUGCCAUAGAAACAGUUGGGGUCAUAGGUGAAAGACCUGAAGGAAAAUUGGCGUUGGAGAAAAUGAGCAACCAGAUGGAUAAUGCAGUGAAAGUUAUAGGUGGCGCUAUAAAAUCAUCUCCAGAGGAGGUUCGUUCACGAGCUAUUGAAUCUGCAUCAAAUCUCAUGGCCCUUAAGCUGGAGGAUCACACCAUGGAACUGCUGGCCAUUACGGAGAACUGGUUCAAUCGUUUGAUCCCCAAACCACUGGAGCUAUUACUGGAGAUAGUACAACAGCCAUUGCUUGAGCUACGAGUACCCACCCUUACUAUUAUCUCCCACCUAGCUGUGCAACCCUGGGGGCAGACAAUGUUGAAUAACCAACCAGGUUUCAAUGAAUAUAUUUUAAAUCGGUCGACGGAAAAUACAAAGGAAGGAAAAGAACUGAAGUUUCUGAUUGCGAAAAAUUUGAUUGAUUCUCCAUCGGUUCCGGAAAUAUUUGGGCGGCCAUAUUUGUUACGUUUACGGGAGUACCACCGUGAAGGGCCGUUUUAUGUGAGAGCGCAGGCUGAAGUCGCUACAGAGGAGGACAGUUAGAGGGACUGUGUUUACUCAAGAAAAUGGUACAAUAAAAGAUGUCCAUUUGUGAUUCUUUUGAUUAUCGUCUCCAAUGAAUAGAAAAUACUAACAAAAUACAUUCUACAAUAUAGUUUUAAAUUUAUUUACAAAAUUAAUUAAAAAUGUUGUUUUCAGUUUUUUUGUGUAUGGUUGAAAGCCAGGAAGAAGGAAUAAACUAUAAAAUACAAAACAUGAACUCUUGGCCUGUUUAUUUACAAUUAGUCAAACACGUUAGUCACUUACUUCCUUAAACUUUUAUCAAACCAAGAUAACCCUCUGCAAGAGUUACACUCUACUUCUUCACUCUCAAAAUAAGUGACAAUUCUCAAAAAUUCAUGAGACUAUAUUUUCAUAUCCAUUCAAAGAUACAUUUGAGAUCAGUGAGACCAAAUCAUAUCAAUAGUUGGGGGAAUAAUGAGUAACUAUUGGAUAUUCAGCUUAUAUAUCACGUUAAAUCCGAUCUCAUUCUGAAAAACUCCUUUUUGUUUCAGAACCAUGUGUUACAUUGUUUUUAAUAUGGCAUCUAGAAUGUUAUAAAUAUUAUAGAGGGGAAUACAAUACAAAAAAUGUGUAUGGUGAAUAAAAUAAAAAUUGUGCGAAUAAACCUGAACUUCUCGUUGAUUAUGGUAGCAUUAAUACUUGUGUAACAGGUCAUUUCAAAACAUAAUUUUUCUUUCGAGGAAAAUGUUUCUAAUUGAGGCAACCUACCACCUACCAAAAAAUAAAAAAUAAAAAGUCUCAUCUUCAAAGAAAUACAAAACUGUCCUGGUUGAAGUUCCUCCCUCAGAAAAACUGUUUUGAUGCAAUCUGUAUAAGCAGUGAUCUCCCCAGCAUUAAAGCAAGUGGGCGCAGCACCCACCUGAGAUUUUGAAAAUAGGCUUGCACCCACCUGAAAAUCCAUUUCCGCCCACUUGAAAAUGAGAAAAAUCAUGAAAAA